AUGGGUGGCGGUGGAAAAAUCCCUUACCCCAAGCACGUCUGGUCGCCUGCUGGUGGUUGGUACGCCCAGCCUGCCAACUGGCGCGCCAACACGCUCAUCGCCGGAGCCGCCAUGUUCGGCGUCAUCGCCAUUACGUGGAAGUUCAGCGCCGACAGGGAACGAUGGGCGCACAAGCCUGAGCCGUGGGAGUGGCAUCCUAGCCGAUACUGGUCAAAGCAGUUGAUUGAGUGGGACAAGGAGGACAAGCUGAAGGCAGCAAGCAGCAGCAAGGAGUAG